UUAAAGAAACACUGACAAAAACUAUACAAGUUUUAGGGCUGGUUGAUAUAUAUAACACUGAUAUAAAUGAUCACUCCGAUUUAGAUCUACCUAUAUUGUAGUUAUAUAAAGCGUUCACAGGCAGAUUUGCUUAAUGUAUUUCCCCGGCGUCGAAAUCAGGCACAUAUAAAUGUCAGGAAACACAAUUCCUAUCUGCAUCUCAUUAUCCAUGGAUUAGGUUUCUUUGACAUGCUAUAAGGAACACUUUCGAGCCCAACCUUUAGUGUAAUCAUUUGUUUUACUCGUGUUUUUGCAGUUUCCCGUAUUAAAUCCAGUCAUACAGCAGCUCUUUUGCCACUCGGUCAGGCUGAGGGAGCGCGUUCCGGCGGGAAAGUGACAUCAAUGCAUACCCUCUAUAGGGUCUGUUUUUAUCCAUCUGAUUUAUGUGGUUCUGUGUAGUUCUAAGUAGGUCUAUUCUAUGCAAUUCUGCUCUAUGUGGUUCUGCAGGGUUUGUUCUGUUUGGGUCAGAGUGGAUUUGUUCUGUAAGGUCUGUUUUAUAUCUGAUCUGUGUGGUUCUGUAGUGUUUGUUUUCUAUGGAUCUGACCUGUGGGGUUUGUUCUGUAUGUGUCUGUUCUGUGUGUUUUCUUCAGCACCAUGGAGAGUUCCAUUCCGAACGUCCCGUGUUCGCUUGAGUCUAUCAAGAUUCCAUCUCCUUCCUGGCGGGAGUUCAAUCACGAUGAGUCGCAAUCAGAACCCGAGUGCCGCAGUUUUUUUUUUUUUUUUGGUGAUUGUUCCGCUGAGGCGUGAGUAUCGGGAGGGGGAGAGAGAGCAGAAAGUUAAAAACACUAAAACACGAGUCACUCCAACAAAGCAGGAAAAAGCCCCAGAGCCUCCAGAGAAUCGUGACUCGCGGAGAAAUAGCAAUGCGUCACGGGUGGGUGGGGGUGUUCAUAUCCACGCAUAUACAGUCAUAGUAUAUACUCACUAUGAUCCUAACGCGCUCAUUCCUCCACCCCGCCCCGCGUCGCGUCACACUGAGCGGGGCUGCCCGCGAUACAACUAUUGAUUUCAUCUCUCUUUCUCUCGCUCCUCCUCCCUCUCCAUCACUUCUUCUCAGCUUUUCUUCAAGUGCUGCAGAGAGACGCGGCUGCUGCUGCUGCAUUGUGAGGAGAGAGAAAAAACGCUAAAGGAAAAUCCGCGUUCCCGCGCUCAGAAUUCCGCGCGCCCGUGAAGUCUGGACUCACGUACAGUCGUGAAUGAAGCUGUCAGUCAGAAGGAUCCGCCUUCUGCUUUGCAUACGUCACACCCUCCUGUCCACUGCUGUCUGUCUCCAAACCAGCCUGCAGUAAAGUUGAACUCUGAAACUCACGUUUGAUUCCUGGCUGGUGCAGUGGAGGAACAUCUGCAACCAUCAACAGCUAAACUCUGCACUCGGUGAAGAUGGAGGACCCGUACCGAGACAGGACGUCUCUGGUCAAAGGCGCUCGUGACAUCGCCAAAGAGGCGAAACGGCACGCUGUCAAGAAGGUCGGCAAAGUGGUUGACCGCGCCUCAGACGAGUACGCUGGCCGCACCUACAGCCGAUUUGAAAACGACGAAGACGAGGGCGGCGACGAAGACUGUUACUACUAUCAGGACGGUCAGGUGCAGCGAGAGGACGACGAGGGCUCCAGCGACGCCACCGAAGGACACGACGACGAGGACGAAAUAUACGAGGGCGAGUAUCAGGGCGUGCCGGCGGGAGGCGGGGCUAAUGAUGGGCGUGGCCAGGUGGCCAUUGGCCAGCCAUUAGCAGAUGGAAUGAAGGACAAACGAGAGCUGGAGAAAGAGAGAGAGGCGGACGAGGAAGAGCUGGCGCAGCAGUACGAGCUCAUCAUCCAGGAGUGCGGACACGGACGCUUCCAGUGGCAGCUGUUCUUCGUGUUGGGCCUGGCGCUCAUGUCCGACGGGGUUGAAGUGUUCGUCGUGGGGUUUGUUCUGCCCAGUGCUGAAACAGACAUGUGUGUGCCCAACUCAGGAGCCGGAUGGCUGGGCAGUGUGGUGUAUCUGGGAAUGAUGGUGGGUGCCUUCUUCUGGGGCGGUCUGUCAGAUAAGGUGGGCCGGCGGCAGUGUCUGCUGGUGUGUAUGUCAGUCAACGGCUUCUUCGCCUUCCUGUCGUCCUUCGUUCAGGGCUACGGCACCUUCCUCUUCUGCAGGAUGCUCUCGGGAUUUGGGAUUGGUGGAGCAGUUCCCAUCGUAUUCUCAUACUUUGCGGAGUUUCUGGCCCGUGAGAAGCGUGGCGAACACCUGAGCUGGCUGUGCAUGUUCUGGAUGGUGGGCGGGAUCUACGCGUCGGCCAUGGCCUGGGCCAUUAUACCACACUACGGCUGGAGCUUCAGUAUGGGUUCAGCGUAUCAGUUCCACAGUUGGCGGGUGUUUGUGGUGGUCUGCGCUCUGCCCUGCGUCUCUGCGGUCGUUGCGCUCACGUUCAUGCCGGAGAGUCCACGCUUCUACCUGGAGAUGGGAAAACAUGACGAGGCGUGGAUGGUUCUCAAACAGAUUCAUGACACUAACAUGAGAGCGCGUGGAGAGCCGGAGAAAGUCUUUACUGUGAACCGUAUAAAGAUCCCCAAGCAUCUGGAUGAGCUGGUGGAGAUGCAGUCGGAGUCGGCAAACCCUGUAGCCAAAGUCUUAUUCCGGAUCAAGAGAGAACUGCACGGAAUCUGGCUCACGUUCCUGAAGUGCUGGGAUUACCCCGUCAAGGACAACACUGUGAAGUUGGCCGUGGUUUGGUUCUCGCUGUCGUUUGGGUACUACGGUCUGUCUGUCUGGUUCCCUGACGUCAUAAAGCACCUCCAGGCGGAUGAAUAUGCGUCCCGCGUGAAGAUCCACAACAACGAGAGAACCGAAGACUUCACCUUUAAUUUCACCCUGGAGAACCAGAUCCAUAAAAACGGAGUGUUCAUCAACGACAGGUUUAUUGGCAUGAAGUUUAAGGCCGUGACUUUCAUCGACUCCACCUUUCAGAGCUGUUACUUCGAGGACGUCAGCUCCGUUGGUUCUUUCUUCAAAAACUGCACCAUCAUAGAAGCGUUCUUCUAUAAUACAGAUAUCGACGACUCAAAAUUAAUCGGUUCCUCUGUGAUCAACUCCACAUUUGCACACAACAAGACCGGCUGUCAGAUGACAUUUGAUGACGACUACAGCGCGUACUGGGUGUAUUUCAUCAACUUCCUCGGAACGCUAGCCGUGUUGCCAGGCAACAUAGUCUCCGCCCUCCUCAUGGAUAAAGUGGGUCGUUUGAGCAUGUUAGGCGGCUCCAUGGUGUUGUCCGGCAUCAGUUGUUUCUUUCUGUGGUUUGGCACCAGUGAGUCCAUGAUGAUAGCGAUGCUCUGCCUGUAUAACGGACUCAGUAUAUCUGCCUGGAACUCACUGGACGUGGUGACGGCCGAACUGUAUCCCACCGACAGGAGAGGAACUGGAUUUGGAUUUUGUAAUGCCAUGUGUAAGUUGGCUGCAGUUUUGGGGAAUCUAAUAUUUGGUUCGUUGGUGGGAAUCUCAAAAUCCAUCCCGAUCCUGUUGGCGUCGACUGUGCUGGUCGCCGGAGGCCUGGUGGGUCUGCGACUACCCGACACCCGCUCCAACGUCCUCAUGUGACCCCACUACACCUGUGACCUCUGAACCCUGAGUCGCCACGGAAACACGCAGGACACGCUCAGGGUGCGGGAGAUUAUGAUGUGUUUGGGUUGUUUAUUCAUUUAAAGUAUGUUGUUUGUUUACUUAUUAACGAUUAUUUAUGAUUUAAUUUUUUGGUUUAGCUUUUGACUUGCCCAGUUUAGAUCAAAACUAGAUUUUGAUGCCUUCAUUGCUGCAAUCAAAUGUUAUGAUGUUGUAAAAUGUCAAAAAGUAACUGAUGUAAGCUAAUCUAGGUGGGCAGAAUAAUUUAAAAUUCACAAUUUUUUUUUUUUUUUUUUUUCCAUUUUAUCUUUAGUAUUUUUGGCUGAACACAAAAAAAAAUCAGGUGAUUUUAAUUUUAAUUUUUUUUUUUUUUUUUAAAUUAAAACUUUUUUAUUUCCUUGAAAUGCUCAAACAAGAGUAAAAAGGCCAUUUAGAGAUGUAGACAUUAGCGAUAACAGCUUUUAUUGGUAGCGUAGGUCCAAUUCUCUAGUCACGGCCUUUGCAAUUCGGAGGCCCGUUUCAAAGAAACAGUCAGAGGCUGUUCCUACCCUCCCCAGAGGAAAAGAGACAUUGUAUGCAAUGCGACUGCAAUUAAUUUCUCUGCUAUAUUUAUAUAUUUAUUUAUAAACACAUUCUAUCUCUUUAACCAAGAACUAUUGUUACAAUCAUGACUGAAAACAAAAACAGCAUUCAAUCAUCGUCCUUCAGUCCCUCAGCUAUAAUUAAAUGAUACUAAAAUCACCAGUAGGUGGUGUCAAAUCAUUGUCUAAACGAAUUAGUCAUUGAAUCAUUCAAUCAAACAAAUCAUUCAAAAUGGCUGAUUCAUUUAGGGACAAAGCCAAAGUGAGUGAGUCAUUAGGUGCGUCCCAAUUUGCGUACUAUUCUACGCUGUUUUGUAGUAAAUAGUGUGAGCAGUGUGUUCACACUGAAAAUUCCAAAAAGAAUAAGUGCACUUUAAACACCCGGAUGAUACACAUAAUUAACCGAAAAAAAUGAAGUGUGGAAUGUUGGACACUUCAUGCACUCAACUGUCACAGCUUUAAUUACGUAGCGGAGGGGGAGGGGCGUCAGACUCCGAUGUUGGACGACAAAAUAACUGUAAAAAUUUAAGCCCGGGAUACACUGCACGAUUUUUGGCUGUCCCAGACGAAAGAUUGCCAUCGUGAAACAAUCGUGGCGAUUUCUGUAAUCGUGGCUUUUAAUCGGUGGUCCUUUGUCAUACAGUGAGAGAGGUUCAAAGAUGGCCGGUCUUGCGACCAAAGAUAGCCUAGGAUAGUUUUCUGACAGUGUCAGAAAUUCAGCAUGAUCAUCGCAGUGUGUUUGCUGCUACGACCAACGUCUAGUGACCAGCCAAUAAAAAUGCCACAUGAAAUCAAAGCAACAUGGCGCUAAAACUUAAAACUGCUCACCUCAUGCUCUUUUCUCGCUGCUUCCUUUAUAUUUUCAGCACACAUAAAAUCUACAACUGCCAAAGUGUGAUUCAACAUGGUCUUUUUGUUAACCACUAGCGCAUGCUGAUGACGUUUUAUUCUUCUAUAGAAACUUUCAUCGUAGCCUACGACAGGUGUCAUCAUCAUACAGUUUACAUGCAUGUCAUGCCCGAGUUCAAUGGAUCCAUGUCGCACAGUGUGAUUUGUAAUGAUCUUAAAGGAUUGCAAAAAUCGUGCAGUGUAUCCCAGGCUUUAAGUACAUAUUGCAUAAGUGCACAGUGUAUAGUGCGUAAUUUGGGACACAAAUGUUGAGUCAUUCAUUAGAACGAUUUGUUCAAAAACGCGGAUUCAUAACAAAACUGCGUUGCUCGGAGACGCGCAAUGGCUCUACUGUUUGGAAAUAUUUUCAUAGGCAAAAUAGAGGAAAAUCAGACAAUAUUGUGUCUAAAAUGUAAAUCACCUAAUAGCCAAUUAACUUAUUGUUUAUUGAAUUGUUGUAUAAAAUCAAUAUCACAUUUGCAAAUGUGCUGAUAUUCAGGAAAACUGCACUUUGCUCGUGUGAUAUUGUUUAUAAAUAUUAAAAACAAGGAAUUGUAUGAAGACUUUUUUUUUGCACCAUCUCUUGGUAUUUGGAAGCAUUUUUAUUCAUUUUGGUGGCAUUUUUACCCCAAGCCCUAUUAAUUUCCACCUCUGGUGUGUAUGCGCUGCAAUGAUGGCUGGGAUGGGACUCUUUUUUGAAGAGGGUUGCCAGGUUUUCACAAAAAUACCCACCCAAUUGCUACUCAAAACUAGCCCAAUUGUGUUUCGGGGGGGUCGUCCAGUAAAAAUUGCACCCCCAGGGGGUAAAAUCCGCGUUUUUGCCGGGGUUCACCUGGUAAAAUUUGUAUUCCAGGGGCUAAAUAUCAUGUUAUUUGGGUUCGCUUCAAACCGCAGCAACAAUGUUAAAGUAGCCCACUUCCGCUGGAAAACCCCAGAUUGGCAACACCGACGGAAGCCCCUUCUGUUGCAAGUGAAACGGCUGAAACAUAGCAAAGGCCGCUACUGCUGGUGACUUCCACCGAAACAUUUCUGAAGACGAUAACGAUUAUCCAGUUUACAUUUUCUGCUUUUUAUAAUGAUUUAGCUAGCGGAAGAACACGUCAGAUGCGCUCUGACCGACAUGCGUCGACUUCAUUCUUGCCUUCGUGAACUUUGUCGUCAAUGUAGCCUAGCUAAUACGGACUUCAUUUGUGUGUGUCUCUCUCUUGGUUUAAGGGUUAAAGGCGUCUUGAUAACCCUAGUCUAGCUGCUACGCUUCCAUUUGCGAACUCUUCCUCUGAAAACUGAAUGGCCUUUUGCUUCCUCUCCGUGCCUCCUUCCUCUUUAAAAUCCCUCCGGUCGGCUUCUCGUAGGUUGUAGCGAUCCAUCGCACAGCAGAAUUGAGCGUGCGUUCGAACGCUCUACUGCUCAAAUAGGCGGAAAAAAUAUGUUGUGUUUCGCCAUCACAUUCCACUGGAAAUUUCGUACAUGCAAUUGUGCAAUAUGACAGGACGUGAUACGGCCGCAUCAUAGAAAAUAAUAAAAGCCAUUCAGCCUGGUCUGAUCUCGAUGACGCACAGGCCCUGCUGCUGCUGUCUACAUGCACUGAAGUACACUAAACAGCAGAAACAUACUCUACACAAGUGCACUGCGUCCACGCGGAGACAUUUCAGCAUUCACGUACUUGUGUCGAAGUAUGUUUCUGGCCUAAUUUAAUGAUGUUUUGUCAUGUGUAUGUCGGAAAAGUAAAGAUAAACACUUGUUUUGAACUUAUCACAGGCGACAACGUGUGCUGUACAUGUCUAAAUGUUGUAAAGUGUUGCCUGUUGAGUUAAAACAUUAUUUUUUUCAUUGUCAGAUGUGUAUGCAGACGUCUCCUCAUGUGUUUGUGUAGAUAUCUUGUAUUUACUGACAUUCAUUUCUGUCUAUAGGUGUUUAUUUUGGCUGGUUGUGUGAUUUUUUUGAGGGGUGUUAUUUGAACUAACGAGGAUUUUGUGUAGUUUAUUUUCACGGUUCUGAACAAAUUCAGUUCAUGAGAGGAAUGGAUUUAAUUUAAAGUUAUGCAUCUCCUGGUCUGAACUGUCUAUUUGAACUUGUGUUUUUCAUAUUAAUUUCUGAACAAAUUCAAGUGGCCUAUCUGAAACAUACCACACAAACAAAUGAAACGUGAUUUCUUGUUAAUAAAUACACCCGUGCAUGUGCAUAUUGAGACUUUGUGUUGCAGUGAUUUGUCUGUCGUGCUUUCGCCAUGAGUUUAUUUCUUGGUUUUGAAAGAUGAAUGUAUCAUUAUUGUGAGUGUGUGACGUCGUUCUGAAAUGGGUUGUGAUUGGUUGUGGAUCUGGCAUGCCAACGACACGUCUGCUGUCAAGUGUCUGUGACGUCACUGGCCAGAUUUCUCUGAUGUAUCUGAUUUUCUUUUGAAAAGAAAGAGAAAAGUGCCAUGUACAGUGUGAACGGAACUGAAGUGGAUCCAGAUGAACUGCUAUUAAAGAGUUUCAUUAUAAGA